AUGGACAGGCUGCGGCCGUCUUAUGGUCGUUCAAGUGAGCGCCCUGUUGGGCGCAGAGACGAUGUCUACGAUAACGUGGAAACGCCAGAGCCGCGUGAACGAAGAAAUCAGAUGAUGGCGAUGAACAUCAAGUACACGACCGCCGCCUCCCAAUUCCUUUACGGCAAGUCUGUGGUAAAAGCAGCACUUGAGCAGGGGAGGCGAAAGCUAUACAAACUUUUCAUUUACGGAGGCGAGAAUCGAAAAGACUCCAAGGACAAUGCUAUCAUCACGAGGCUGGCAGAAAGAAGGGGUGUUCCGAUUACCAUUAUUCCGAAUGAGGACCAACGGUUGAUGGACAAGAUGAGCAUGGGCCGACCACACAAUGGCUUCGUUCUAGAGACUUCGCCUCUGCCUCGACUGCCCGUGAAGUCGCUUGGGAGACUCGAAGAGACGCUAGGAAAGCUGGGCUUUCACGUGGAACUCGACCACCAGUCAAGAGAGGAAGAAGCAAUCAACGGAAAAGACACAUUCAUCCCGCGCAAGAACAACAAUGCGCCCAAACCCUUUGUUCUUCUACUCAACGAGAUCCUGGAUCCGGGCAACCUUGGAGGCAUACUUCGAACAGCCAGCUAUCUUGGUGUCGAUGCAGUGGGCAUCACGAAUCGCAGCUCAUCCACACUUACUCCGGUCGUGCUCAAGUCUGCAGCAGGCGCCGUGGAAGAGAUUACCAUUUUCAGCGUCGACUCGCCUGUCAGUUUCAUCGAGGAGUCUCGAAAACAUGGGUGGAAGACAUAUGCCGCCGUAGCGCCGCCCGACCCCAAACUCGCUCAGAGACACGGCGACAAGUUUAUCUCAACGGCGACGGUUGAGGCAGAGCAGCCACUGUCGAAACAUCCGUCUAUACUGGUUCUUGGAAACGAGGGCCAUGGCCUGUCGAAGCCGAUCAAAGUGGCAGCCGAUUACGAGCUCUCGGUGCCGUACUUUGUGAGCAACAGCUGCGUGGACAGUCUGAAUGUCAGCGUUGCUGCUGGCUUGCUCUGUCAUGCCUUCGUGAGGGCACCACCAAUUGUAAAGCCGACAGCGCCAAAGCUUGAAGAGGUGGCUGAACCAGAAGCCAAAUCCGGCGCUAAACAGGAAGAGAGUCAGGAGGGGAAAGAGUCGAUCUUUUGA